AGCUUACACCAUAUCACGUGAUGACGUCAUAUCCGAGGAUCGUGCCAUCGGGUUUAGCAAGCUCAUCCGACCUUUACUGCCAGACUGCUAGCUAAGGUAACACUAACUAACGCCUUGCCGGCUAACGGGGAAACUCCAUACGGCAUAGAGUAUUUUCUUGACGUACCUUUUUCCUCUUUAGUCUCCAAUAAAUUUCAAACAGUAAACAUCCAGACCUAGAAGCUGUUUUUUGAACCUCAAUUGGUCUGUAUAGACACCACCUCCGUCCCACCCUCCUAACCUAGGUCCUAUCGCAUAAAGAUGUUCGCCAGAUCAGCUUUUCGCGCAGCUCAGCCGCUGAAGCGGAAUCUCCUCUCGCGCACAUACGCCACCGAGCCCGCCAAGAGCGGCUCUUCUAACACCCUUCUCUACACAUUAGGCGCUGCUGGUGUCGCAGGUGCCGGCUACUGGUACUACUCGGGGCAAAGCGCCGGUUCGGCCGCGGCCAAGGCUAAGGAUAUCGCGAGCGGCCCACCCAAAAAGGCCUUUCUUGGUGGUGACCAGGGCUUUAUCUCCCUGCUACUGAAGGACGUCCAGAUCAUCAACCACAACACCAAGAAGUUCAUCUUCAAGCUGCCCGAAGAUGACCAGGUCUCGGGCAUGGUUGUAGCCAGCGCCCUGCUUACCAAAUACCAGAACGAGGGCCAGAAGCCUGUCGUGCGGCCAUACACGCCUACGAGCGAUGAGGAUGACAAGGGCUACAUCGAGUUGAUCGUGAAGAAGUACCCAAAUGGUCCUAUGUCAACGCACAUGCACGACAUGGUGCCCGGACAGCGCUUGGACUUCAAGGGCCCGCUGCCCAAGUACCCGUGGACCCCGAACAAGCACGAUCACAUCGCGCUAGUCGCCGGUGGCACGGGCAUCACGCCUAUGUAUCAGUUAGCCCGCGCCAUCUUCAAGAACCCCGACGACAAGACCAAGGUCACGCUCAUCUUCGGCAACGUCUCCGAGGACGACAUCUUGCUCAAGAAGGAGUUCGCCGAGCUCGAGAACACGUAUCCUAACCGCUUCCGCGCCUUCUACGUCCUAGACAACCCCCCUAAAGUAUGGGCUGGCGCUAAGGGAUUCAUCACCAAGGACCUCCUGAAGACUGUCCUACCUGAGCCCAAGAGCGAGAACAUCAAGGUGUUCGUAUGCGGUCCUCCAGGUCUGUAUAAGGCUAUCUCCGGUAUGAAGAUCAGCCCGUCAGAUCAGGGCGAGCUGUCCGGUAUCCUCAAGGAGCUGGGUUACUCCAAGGACCAGGUUUACAAGUUCUAAGUCGGUUAAGUUUUUGGGCAGCGGACGCAUUGAAAGCUAUAGUAUAGAACUGAACUAGCCUGGUGUUAGCGUGAGAGCGAAGGCGUCGGCGUCGGCGUGUUCGCGUGGUUCUUCUUGUUUCUAUUUUGUGAGGAACAACUCUUGCGGAGAUGAUGGAUUUGGCCCUCUUUCAACCCAUCCGCCUGUAUUCUGUAGCUUAACCUCACAUAG